AUGGGGAACUCGGAACCAGCGACAUCAAAUGUCGCAGAUAUCCUAUACCCUGUUGGAAAGAUCCUCACUUUGGAUGCCAGACUCGACGCGGCUUCCAACCACCAGCUGAGAACAAUACAAGUCAAGAUCAAACGACAACAGCUGCCAUACACCUUUUCCAGUGGAGCGGUAGUGGAAGAAGUCUCAGACUUUCUGGAUAAGAGCGAGGGCAAUCAGUUUUUUCUGAAAAUGUGCGACCGGAGAGCUGCAGAGGAACUCCGCGACGAGUAUGGAGUUCCACCAUGGUCCGACGAUAUCGAGAACGUGUACGUGAACGGCGUCCAAUCCGGAGCAGUGGAGGCAGUUCACAAAGGAUUACGCGAUGUGCCAGACUUCCUAGACGACAACGGUUCAGACUGGGAUGAAGGUGAAGACGAGGCCUUUCUUGAUGACUGGCAACGGAAACUUUAUGAAGCUGAAGUUGAAACAUACGAUCGCCUCAAAGAAUAUCAGGGACAAUAUUACCCUCGGCUUUUGGCCACCGUCAAGCUCGACAUAUCGCCCCCCAAUGCGAUUCUCAGUGCCGAACAGCGUGAGCUCCAUCAACAAAAAGGAUUUCUAUUGCAGUAUCUGCACGGCUUCACCCUACGAGAUAUGAUUGCCAAGGCACCUGCGGCGGCAUGGCAAGACAUCGUUGAUCAAGGUAUCAAGACAGUUGACAUCCUUGGCGACCACGAUAUUGUCAACAAGGACGUCCGGCUGGACAACUUUAUCAUUGUUCCCAGGAUUCACACAUAUCAGGUUUUCAUGAUAGAUUUUGGCCUAUGCAGAUUCCGCCGCCCAGACGAAUCUGAUGCGGAAUGGGGACGAGUGAAGUGCAACGAGGACGAAGAAGGGCCUCACUACGGAAACUUCCCGAUCGACUUGGGCUAUCGAGCUGAGGCGAGAAUUGUUGGCGUGUCUUUUGGAGAUGUAGAUCCGUUCAGUCUUGAGGCCGUGGAAUACUACGAGAAGGCUCUCAUCAACGCGCAAGAACAAGGAACUCGCAUCAAAGAUGCCGGGGUUGCUCUGAAGGCAAUGGAGGAGAAGAUGACGAAGACGUUGUUGAAGGAAAAGAUCUUUGUCACAUCUGGCAGUGACUUUGGGACUGAUGUAUCUGGCUGGUACCGCAUCGUCUUUGCUCAUGAAAGGACGUACCUGCUUGAGGGACUUGAACGAAUGGUUAGGGCUGUCAAAGAAUUCGGCCAUGACUCCUCUCGUUAA